UAUUGUUUCUUCUACCCCUGAAACAGUUAGUUUCCCAGCAAAGAUGAAGUUCUUCCUGUGCACUGUCUUCCUUCUUGGAUCAGCCCUUGCGGCUUCAGCAGCAUCCCUCAACAAGAUCGUUGGUGGAGAAAAGGCUAAGCCUCAUGAGUUCCCAUACAUGAUCUCUCUGCAAUGGAAUGAUAACCCAUUAAUGAAACAUUUCUGCGGAGGAGCUCUCAUCAACGAUCGUUGGGUUCUAACUGCUGGUCACUGUGUAGCUGCCUUCACUCAUGACACCGCGAUCGUUGCUGGAGCCCACAGCAUCAAACAUCCCGAUGAGUUUGAGCAGAGGAGAACACCAAAGAGGACUUUUAUUCAUGAGAAGUACAAUGGCGACGUUGGACCACAUGAUAUUGCUCUCAUUGAGGUCACUGAACCGUUUGAGAUGAACGAGAAAGUUUCUAAUCUCCAUCUGCCCACUGGUGAAGCUUACUACCCAACUGGUCAUGCUACCAUCUCAGGCUGGGGCUCUAUUUCCAAUACUUCCACACCAUCAUAUCCCGAUAAACUUCUCAAAGCUAAUCUACCAAUUCUUCCCUCGGAAAAAUGCUUCAAUGACUACAUCGACACUCCAAUGGAUAAGACUAACAUCUGUGCUGGGGAGCCCAAUGGUUCCAAGGCUGUUUGCAGCGGUGACUCCGGAAGUCCUCUUGUGCAGAAGAAUGCUCGCGGAGAGAUUCAAGUGCACGGUGUUACCAGCUGGACAUGGCUACCAUGUGGAGAACCAGGAAAGACCGGUGUCUUUGUCAAUGUAAUGCAUUACCUCGACUGGAUUAGCGAAAAAAUGAAUUCUCAAUAAAAUGUUCUUUUCUAUACAUUAA